CCGUGCCCGCGCCGGCGGCGGCCCCAGCGAGGGGCUCUGGGCUCUGCGCUCCGCGCUCCGCCGCCUCCAUGGAGCGCCGGCCGCGCCGCCUCUGAUGCCCGGCCCGGCGCGCACCAUGGGGCCGCUGUGGCUCUGCUGCCUGCCCCUCGCCCUCCUGCCCCUGCUCGCCGCCGUGGAAGAGACACUGAUGGACUCCACCACGGCGACAGCAGAGCUGGGCUGGACAGUUCAUCCUCCAUCAGGGUGGGAAGAGGUGAGUGGGUACGAUGAGAACAUGAACACGAUCCGCACCUACCAGGUGUGCAACGUCUUUGAAUCCAGCCAGAACAACUGGCUCCGGACCAAGUACAUCCGCAGGCGAGGAGCUCACCGCAUCCACGUGGAGAUGAAAUUCUCUGUCCGGGACUGCAGCAGCAUCCCAAAUGUCCCAGGCUCCUGUAAGGAGACUUUUAACCUGUACUAUUUCGAGUCAGACUUUGACUCGGCCACCAAGACUUUUCCUAACUGGAUGGAGAAUCCUUGGAUGAAGGUGGACACAAUUGCUGCUGACGAGAGCUUCUCACAGGUGGACUUAGGUGGACGGGUGAUGAAGAUCAACACCGAGGUGCGCAGUUUUGGGCCCGUCUCCAAGAAUGGUUUCUACCUGGCCUUCCAGGACUACGGGGGCUGCAUGUCCCUGAUUGCCGUCCGUGUCUUCUACCGCAAAUGUCCCCGUGUGAUCCAGAACGGGGCUGUCUUCCAAGAAACCCUGUCGGGAGCAGAGAGCACCUCGCUGGUGGCAGCCAGGGGCACGUGCAUUGCCAAUGCCGAGGAGGUGGACGUGCCCAUCAAGCUGUACUGCAACGGCGACGGCGAGUGGCUGGUGCCCAUCGGCCGCUGCAUGUGCCGGGCCGGCUACGAGUCGGUGGAGAACGGGACCGUCUGCAGAGGCUGUCCCUCAGGAACAUUCAAGGCCAGCCAAGGGGAUGAAGGGUGUGUCCACUGCCCCAUCAACAGCCGGACAACCUCGGAAGGGGCCACAAAUUGCGUGUGCCGAAAUGGAUAUUACCGGGCAGACGCCGACCCCGUGGACAUGCCGUGCACCACCAUCCCGUCCGCCCCCCAGGCCGUGAUCUCCAGCGUGAACGAGACGUCGCUGAUGCUGGAGUGGAGCCCUCCGCGGGACUCGGGGGGCCGGGAGGACCUGGUGUACAACAUCAUCUGCAAGAGCUGCGGGGCGGGCCGCGGGGCCUGCACGCGCUGCGGGGACAACGUGCAGUUCGCCCCGCGCCAGCUGGGCCUCACCGAGCCCCGCAUCUACAUCAGCGACCUGCUGGCACACACCCAGUACACCUUCGAGAUCCAGGCCGUCAACGGCGUCACCGACCAGAGCCCCUUCUCCCCGCAGUUCGCCUCCGUGAACAUCACCACCAACCAGGCCGCCCCUUCUGCCGUGUCCAUCAUGCACCAGGUGAGCCGCACCGUGGACAGCAUCACCCUCUCCUGGUCCCAGCCCGACCAGCCCAAUGGAGUCAUCCUGGACUAUGAGCUGCAGUACUACGAGAAGGAUCUGAGCGAGUUGAACUCGACCACAGUGAAGAGCCCCACCAACACUGUGGCAGUGCAGAACCUCAAGGCUGGCACCAUCUAUGUGUUCCAGGUGCGGGCGCGCACCGUGGCCGGCUACGGCCGCUACAGUGGGAAGAUGUAUUUCCAGACCAUGACUGAAGCCGAGUACCAGACCAGCGUGCAGGAGAAGCUGCCGCUCAUCAUCGGCUCCUCAGCGGCAGGGCUGGUGUUCCUCAUCGCCGUGGUGGUCAUCGGCAUCGUGUGCAACAGAAGACGGGGCUUCGAGCGGGCUGACUCGGAGUACACGGACAAGCUGCAGCACUACACCAGUGGCCACAUGACUCCAGGGAUGAAGAUUUAUAUCGAUCCUUUCACCUAUGAAGAUCCCAAUGAGGCUGUCAGGGAAUUUGCAAAAGAAAUCGAUAUCUCUUGUGUCAAAAUCGAGCAGGUGAUUGGGGCAGGGGAGUUUGGUGAGGUGUGCAGUGGGCAUCUCAAGCUUCCAGGCAAAAGAGAGAUCUUUGUGGCCAUCAAGACCCUCAAGUCUGGCUACACGGAGAAGCAGAGGCGGGACUUCCUGAGUGAGGCCAGCAUCAUGGGGCAGUUCGACCACCCCAACGUCAUCCACCUGGAGGGGGUGGUCACCAAGAGCUCUCCAGUCAUGAUCAUCACUGAGUUCAUGGAGAAUGGCUCACUGGACUCCUUCCUGCGGCAAAACGACGGGCAGUUCACGGUGAUCCAGCUGGUGGGGAUGCUGCGGGGCAUUGCCGCGGGCAUGAAGUACCUGGCAGACAUGAACUACGUGCACCGGGACCUGGCCGCCCGCAACAUCCUGGUCAACAGCAACCUGGUGUGCAAGGUGUCCGACUUCGGCCUGUCCCGCUUCCUGGAGGACGACACCUCCGACCCCACCUACACCAGUGCUCUGGGUGGGAAGAUCCCGAUCCGCUGGACGGCACCUGAGGCCAUUCAGUACAGAAAGUUCACCUCAGCCAGCGACGUGUGGAGCUAUGGAAUCGUCAUGUGGGAGGUGAUGUCCUACGGAGAGCGGCCCUACUGGGACAUGACCAACCAGGAUGUGAUAAAUGCCAUUGAGCAGGACUAUCGGCUGCCACCACCCAUGGACUGCCCAAAUGCCCUUCACCAGCUGAUGCUUGACUGUUGGCAGAAGGAUCGGAACCACAGGCCCAAAUUUGGGCAAAUUGUCAACACCUUGGAUAAAAUGAUCCGAAAUCCAAACAGCCUGAAAGCCAUGGCACCUCUCUCCUCUGGGAUGAACCUCCCCCUCCUUGACCGCACAAUCCCGGAUUACACCAGCUUCAACACUGUGGAUGAAUGGCUGGAUGCCAUCAAGAUGAGCCAGUACAAGGAGAGCUUUGCCAGUGCUGGUUUCACCACCUUUGAUGUAGUAUCUCAGAUGACUGUAGAGGACAUUCUGCGAGUCGGGGUCACUUUAGCAGGACACCAGAAGAAAAUUCUGAACAGUAUCCAGGUGAUGAGAGCACAGAUGAACCAAAUCCAGUCUGUGGAGGUUUGAUAGCUGCCUGUCCUCCCACUCCUCCUCCUCGAGGCCCUGCUCCCCUUUGCCCCUGUAUGUCCAAGCUCCAGUUCCUGAGUGUUCUGCAUGGACCAGAGACAGGCAGCUGCUCUGAGGAUCACGGCAGCAGGAGGGAACACCCUGUCCUCAACAAUGAGAAGUUGCCAAGAGCUUCUAGAAUUUAAGCAAUGGAAAAAGGGAA